AUGGCGAGAAUGUUCCCGUCUUUCAAGGUCAAGGUCAGUGGCCUAGAUAAGAAAGCCAAGUAUAUUCUACUGAUGGACAUCGUACCUGUGGACGACUGCAGGUACAAGUUCCACAACGGCAAAUGGUCAAUAGCAGGCAAGGCUGACCCUGAGAUGCCCCGGCGGAUGUACAUCCACCCCGACUCCCCCUGCACGGGCGAGCAGUGGAUGCAGAAGUCCAUCAGUUUCCAGAAACUUAAGCUGACCAACAACAUCGCAGACAAAAAUGGCUAUGUAAGUCGUGACAUGGUCACGAUUCUAAACUCCAUGCACAAGUACCAGCCCCGCCUCCACAUCGUCAGGGCGGGGGACUUCCUGUCCCUUCCCUUCUCCGCCUGGAAGACCAUCACGUUUGAGGAGACGGUCUUCAUCGCAGUCACGGCGUAUCAGAACGAGAAGAUCACACAGCUGAAGAUUGACAACAAUCCGUUCGCCAAAGGAUUUCGGGAUACUGGCGGAGGCAAACGCGAGAAAAAGUAA